UAAACUCGCAUUGAAAAAACGUGAUAUAAAAAAUGAAAUAAAAUCAAAAAAAUAAAUCUAUUCAUUCAUGAAACGUGUAAAUUUUUUUAGCAUUUUUAUUCCGAUAGAUUAAUUGCCACGGUUUCUUGAAAAAAGUGAAUCAGAAACGAAUUGCAAUUUUUUUAUAACGAUGCAUGACGUGAUAUUUUCUCGUACAACGCGAAAUUUCUGCAAACGAUCCGAUUUAUAAUACGAAAUGAAAUCAAUUCUGUGAUGCACACAUGUGUACGUGCAUAAAAAUUACAAAUGUACAAUGGACUUUGCAUUAUCAUCUCGCGAUUUAAUUAAGAAUAAAGUUUAUCCAUACGUGCACAUCAUGCCGGCAACGAAAAAUCGUUAAUGAUGCAGGGUAGUUAUAAAAACUGACAAUGAGUAUAGCUUUCAGAUGAUCGAAGCAUCUAAUAAUAGCGUCGCAAGUGCAACGCGAGUGUCUUUCUAAUUGUAAAAUACGCGCCGUCUCUCCGGACAUAUCGUACGGUCUAUGUUAUCGUCGUUAUCGUUAGUAGUGUAGCAGCAUAAGUGUACCUCAAACUGCAUAAUAAAAUGUUCAGCUGGCCGCAUCGGGGGAGGUGGAUCGCGUGGAAGAAUUCUUGAUAUUGAUAAAAACCAACUUUGAUAAAAGUGCGUGAACCGCGAAAAUUUCUGUCUAUACGUAUAAUUCUCAUCUCUUUUCCCUCGACGUGCUCUCGUAUCAUGAAACACUUAUGAUCGUACGGGGGAAAGAAAUAAAAAAUUGAUUAAUUUAUCGCUGAAAAUAUUGCUGGAAGAUAAAUUUCUUAAGCGAAUAAGUUGUCUCGUUAUAUAUACCGCUGAUAUAAACCGUAUAAGUUUAAUUAAUUCUGUCUCAUAGUAGGAAGAACAAACUUGCGUAUUAAUGUUAUAUAAGUGGUUUUUUUUUUUUUAAUUUUCUUUUUUUCGUUCAAGUCUGACUUGAAAUUAAAAGAAAAAAAGGAUGAAAAAAAUCAUUGACAGUCUUCGAGGUAACGAAAAGUGAAUAAAUAUUUGUAUUUGCUGUUAUCUGGUUGUUCCAUGGGUAGCUAAAUAUAGAACGAUUCGCUAACAAAAUAUUUGGCUCCAAACUGCAAGAUUAUAUGUUCUUAAAUAUUUUCAUAAAAUCUAUUCGGAAAAAUUAAAGUGGAUGGUAUAUAAGAGCGGCGAAAAAAAAAUAAUCUGGCUUCGAAUAAUAAAUAAAACAACGAAUAAAUCAGGUGCUUGGAAAAGAAGGAUUUCGCGCAAAAAGUGAAUCGAAAUUUAUUAUCUAUACGGAAAAUUUAUUUUCACAUACAUUUUUAUCGUUAGUUUUUGUAACAUACCACUAAGAGACUGAUUAAAAAUUAAAUGUAAAAUAAAUUAGUAAAAUAUCGGUGUUAUUAAAACAAGUACGUAAUUGAAGAAAAGAAAGUUUUUUUUAAAAAAAAAAAGAGAGAAAGAGAGACCAAAAAUAUUAUACGUAAGAGGAAAAAAUAAUUGUAAUAAUUAUCGUGAGACGUGAAUAAUACUCUAUUUUAUUAUCUUAUAAAUAUUUGUCAUCUAUUUUCCAAUAUGGCACCUGCGAAUACAUUGGACUGGUCAGAACCACGGCAGGAUCAGUGGCGUUAUAGAAAAAUUUGUCCCUUGGGUCAAAAAAGUGAUAAAGUAACAUCGGAAAGCGCGCUGGAACUUAACAAUACCAGCAAGGCUGAUAGUACCUAUAAAAAGAUCUGCAAAUUUUUAAGAAAUCUCGGUACCAAGAAACGCAAGGAUGGCAGCAAGGUGACCACGGUGGUGGCGAGUGCUGGUGCCGGACCCGAUCGUCCCCAAGAAGUUGGCUACACCGACACCAAAGUUAUCGGAAAUGGAAGUUUCGGUGUUGUCUAUCAGGCCAAGCUAUGCGACACCGGCGAGAUGGUUGCCAUCAAAAAAGUCCUACAGGACAAACGGUUUAAGAACAGAGAAUUACAAAUCAUGCGACGUCUGGAGCAUUGCAACAUCGUGAAACUCAAAUAUUUCUUCUAUUCUAGUGGUGAUAAGAAAGACGAAGUGUAUCUCAACUUAGUGCUGGAAUAUAUCCCAGAAACUGUGUACAAAGUGGCCAGACACUAUAGCAAAAGCAAACAGACGAUACCAAUCAGUUUCAUCAAGCUGUACAUGUACCAGCUUUUCCGGUCAUUAGCAUAUAUUCAUUCGUUGGGAAUAUGCCACAGAGAUAUCAAACCGCAAAAUCUUCUUUUGGAUCCAGAAACGGGAGUGCUCAAGCUCUGCGACUUUGGUUCAGCCAAACAUUUGGUUAAGGGUGAACCAAAUGUGUCAUAUAUUUGUAGUCGCUAUUACCGUGCACCAGAACUCAUCUUCGGUGCCAUUGACUACACUACAAAGAUUGAUGUGUGGAGUGCAGGCUGUGUGCUAGCGGAAUUGCUGCUUGGCCAGCCAAUAUUCCCUGGUGACAGCGGCGUUGAUCAACUCGUGGAGAUCAUAAAGGUUCUCGGCACACCAACUCGUGAACAGAUAAGAGAAAUGAACCCCAACUAUACAGAAUUCAAAUUCCCGCAGAUUAAGUCACACCCGUGGCAAAAGGUGUUUAGGGCACGUACACCACCUGAAGCAAUGGAACUUGUUGCCCGACUUUUGGAAUACACACCGUCUUUGAGAUGGACGCCACUUCAAGCCUGUGCUCAUUCGUUUUUCAACGAACUAAGGGAACAAGGGACUCGAUUGCCAAAUGGACGUGAACUUCCACCCCUCUUCAAUUUCACGGAACAGGAACUUCAAAUUCAACCAACGCUGAAUUCUAUUCUUAUCCCUAAAUAUAUGCAGACGGCGGAUAAUCCUGGAGCUCAGUCAGAAGCUAGCAACGUGACUGCAGGAGCGAGCGGUAACUCUAGCGAUAAUAGCGCAAACAUCAGUACACCAACCACCACACAAAACACGGAUCCUAGCCAGUCGAACAUGGCUUAGAAUUCAUUUUUUUACACUUAAAGAAAAUUUAAAAUAUCCUAGAAUACCCCGAAAAUAACUAUUGAGAGCUUCUGAAGAGGAUGUGUCGUUCUAAAUUGAAUCCAGUUUCGCACCGCGCAGUUUAUUCUGGAUUUUGUACAGUUUCUAGUGAACCCUCGCCUUUUGCUAUAAUUAAAUCCUAAUCUUUAUAGAAAGUUCAGCGUUUUGAGCGCUGUCCUGACUAACAAUUUAGACAUCGUACAUGUUGGACAGUCGUUUUGAUAGUUCAACACUGAAAUCGUAUUAGAAGAAUGUUGCAGAAGUAUAAGGUUUCUCUCAAAUAUAAGAAUGUAUGGCUUCACGUCGACAAAGUAGUUACGAUUGACCAGCCAGAGUCCUGAAAAUUUUCUCUCGUUUUCUUCAGUACGAACAAGUGGGCGUAGUACUUUUUGAAUCGUUCAUUGCAUGACCUACAUAUACGCCGCAAAUUAGUCUGCGAGACGAUUUGAACUUGCACGAAUUAAAUUGAAUUAUCGUCUGUUACAACGAACCUUAGACGUACUGAGAAAACAGUCGUGGCUUUGUACUUGGAGAGGAACGGAAAUAAUCAAACUAUCAACCGACGAAAAAUUCUGUACUUCGUCAGCCAGACUGUACAAAAUCCAGGUGAUGUUCCUGUCGCUGUUAUGGAUUUAGUAUGUAUAGGGACUGGUUAGUACUAGAAGCCUCUUCCGCGAAUGCGUAAAGCGACAUUAGUUGGAAAUAUGUAAUCUAAGAUUUAGUAGCAAAAAUGUUGCUUGCGUCGUAUUUUUAAGGAAAACUACGAAGCUAGCUUGAAAAAAUGCCAGUCAAAUUGAAGUACACGCUACAUAAAAAUCUAAAUACAAUGAGUACAUGACGUUUCAUUUAUUGCAGACUACAAAUCGCGGUACCCCACCUCUCCCCCUUGCCCCCCAAAAAAAAUAUUCUAAAUAGAAAAUGAAUGAAUACAAAUCAAUUCAAUAUGACGCGCUGGUAAAACGGUUUUAGGAGAUAGUAAAAUACUAUGAUAAUCAUACGAUAUUCUGUAUUAAGUGAAAUAUCCUGUACAUAUAAUACAUGUAGUAUUUUUAAUUUUUGUGUUCAAUCGUUGACACAUGUGAUUACUGCAGAUAAUAUAAGUGUGUUUCAUUCAAAUGCUUAAAGCGUGUGUAAACAAAUCGUCGCAGGAUGAUCAUUGCAAUCCGAAAAACACGUAUAUCGACAUGACUAGAAAAAACCAUAAGAUGUACGGUGUCCGCAACUAACCAUUGUCAAAAUAUAGUUGAAUAGAAACUGCAGCCAUAUUCACAUGAAUUUGCAAUUAAAUUUUGACGGUAUAAACUGCGUAAUUGUAAAGCGACGGUAUCUUUUGUGCUAGUAUACUAUUUAUUCCGCUAAAAUUUUAGGUAUCUCACUCUUUGAAAGUUGGAACACACUCCAAGGAUUUUUUCCGACCCAUAAAAAUUCUGAAAAAAAUUCUAGUAACGCGAUUUAUUUGUAAUGAAUCUAAAUCAUUUAACGCAAAGCUAAACAGUUUGCUUAUUUAUAUAUAUAUAUAUAUUUUGUUUUUUCUUUUUUCGUGUUUCUUCUUACUUGUCAACCAGUAAACACUUUUUUCAUUUUGUUCGUAUCUACAUUAUCUACUCUAUACCUACAAAUAUGCAUAUCAUAAUAUUGCAAAGAAAGGCUGCUGAUCAUGGAAUUUAAAGGUACGUCCGUGCUAGGCAAGAGUUGCACGUUGUAUAAAAAUAAUGAGGAAAUCCAUCGUUCCAAUGUUUCGCUAAGGAUGGCUUAGUUUAUUCGGACUGGGUGUAUAAAUCGUGAAACCAUAUCGGUCGUACUCGUUUUCUUGAACAUAAUCGAAAAACCAUUGUUGGCAAUAAUGUAAAAAUGGACGUACCUGAACCGUUGAUUUCCUUCUUUAAGAAGAAGAAAAAGCUGACCAUUCGUUUCAGAAUUUUAUGAAUGUUGAUGUUUCAUUAAGUUUUUCAUGAUUACUCCGUUUAACGAUACAGUUUAGGUUGAUUGUAGGUCAUAUUGAUUAAAAUCAAUAUUGGAAAUUAUUAUCCUACUGCAACCCCUGAUUCAUUUCUUUGUCCGAAUGAAGAAAAAAACAAAAAGCAAAUAAUAAAAAACUAAUGUGGCAAGUCGUUUCGAUUCAAUACACUUAUCAAAUGGAAUAAUUGCGUUAAACCGUCAGUUUGUAACUACGCUACGUAAAUAAUUUAUAUAUAUUUAGGACUUCGUCUUUACAGGAAUUAUUUAACUGACACUACUGCGUACAGUAAUCGGUCCAUGGUGAAAAUUUAACAGAAUUUGAUUACAAUGAAUUGUUUCGCAUUUCAGGCCAAGAAAAAGUUUAAAUUCAGAACCGAAGGGAUGAAAAAUGCUGUGAAUGGUUGUAAGACACGAAGUUUGAAUCGCACGCCUUAAUAGAUUGUUGGUUAUUUAUCGUAAUUAUUAUGAAUAAAUAAAUUGAUUGAUUUAACUCGAUUUAAUCUAAUCUAUCUUUAAUUCUAGAUACCUAUAAUCGUUGUAACGACUAAUGACUGCAUUGAAAGUAGUAUGAAUAUUUGGACUGAUCUUCGAUCAACGAUUUGUUGAAGAGAUUUAUUGUAAAGAGUUAAACGGUUCUUUUGGUUUCUUUUGUUCUCAAGCAUCUUGGGAGUUUCAUUAUUGAUGAACUCGCGUCACAUUAGGAACAAAAAUUGCAUCACAUAAAAUAUAACUUAAUACUUAUUAACUUUGGCAUUGCUAUGUUCUUGCCAGUUUCAGCCUAUCAUAGAAAAAUUCUGACUAUCUAAUAUCCCUCGAAAUCAUUGAAAUGCAGUCAUCAAUCUCGAAUCAUAAACUCACAACCUGAUUUUGAAAUAUGUUUACACCGUUUCUAAUCCGAAUCAACGCAUUUUUUUAAGCUGUCUGAUUAUUUGAAGCUCAUGCCACUCGACACACCCAUAUGUGAAUGAUCCCGUGUAAAUUACUGAAAGUCUAAACUUGUAUGUAUGUGAAUCAAUGUACAUGCAUGCGUAUCGAAAAUAUUGACGAAUGCAUGUAUAUUAUUUAUACACCUAUGUAUGUAAUAAAUUAAAUUGCAAAUAUAUGCAACAUACCUAAUGAUUAUAGUCAUAGUAUUAUUCUGCAAAAAUAAGAAGAAAAAAAAAUAGAAUGUGUAGAAAGAUUUAUUCUUACUAAUCCUUACUGUACGGCAUUUUCAACUUUCAUUCAUACUUUCGUAACAUAGUGACUUAAGUGUAAUUAAUGUUCACUGUCAAUGUUAAUACGUGCGUGUAUAUAAUUAUAUAUACCUAUAUGCAUGUACGAUGCAGAUGAAAUUAUACUCCAUGUCACGUUAGUUUUGACCAUAGGCUGCUUUAAGAUAAAUGAAUUCAAUAUUAUAAUGAAAUAUAUAUAUAUUCAAAGUUUGUCAUUUGACACUAAAUGAAAAUGAACUGCUAGGGGAUUAUCGCAUCUGUAGAUGUAACCAGUCGAACGUUUUAAACUCUGAACGAGAUGUGCCUUGGUUCACAAAACACAUCAAGUUUAUGUAAUCCGUUGCAAGAUACUUUGAAAUCAUUCUAGUUUGGGUCUGAGUAGGUUUUUCGGGUGGAUCAAAAUCGACCAACGAUCGACGAUGCAUGUAUAAUCGCAUGUACAUUUUAUCUCGCCCCGCAGUAGAGAUGAAGCUUUAGACCCAUAAUGACAUGUCAUAUCAAUCAUGUCGUAUUGUGAUGCUAGAAGAGGGAGAAGUGUAUUAAAUUGUAAGAAAAGAUCAUUGUAAAGUGACACUGUAUAUAUAUAUAUAACAUGAUGCUGUUCUGAAAAUAAUCGAUUGAACCUGGAUCAUUUUCAUUACUUCUCGUUGCGUUUUGAAAAUCUGGAGAGUGCAUGGAGCUAUUACUUACAAUUAGCCGUUACAGCUAUUGUUCGAAUAUUAUAAUGCUUAUGUGUAUUCAUAAAUGAUGUUGCAAAUAUCGUUUAUGAAACUAAAAAGAAAUCUAUAACAUUCGCUAUUGAACAGUUGCAAAUGCUCGAUAAACGCUGGACUAUGAAUCGAAAAAUAAUGAUAUUUAGUUUGCAGGUUGUUGAAAGAAAAAGUCCAUCUUGAUAUGCGAAGAAGAUCGAUAUCUAUGAAUAGUCGAAAUUACGUAAGCGGCAUGAACAUUUUCGAGUGUAAAAAAGCAAAAAAUUUGUCCUGCUAAAAUAUGUACAUUUUUUUCAUCACUGUAACAAGUAGAGCUAAAUAUUCGUGAACAUAACUCUAGAAUGACUGCAAUGCACGAUUUUUAUUUCAUAUUCCGUUAUUGUUUCCAAUUUUAUUGGUAAUCCGAAUAAAUCUAUAAAUCAUAUGUAACCAAAAGUAAAAUUUAAGGUAUAUUAGUGUUACGAAUUUUCAAGCUGCAAGGAUGCCAGAUAUUCCGAGAUAGUCUCAAGAAUUAUGGAAAAAUAAUAUCAUAGGUGUUAUUGAUCCAAGCAAUUUAUCUUUACACCUGUUUCAUUCAAAAAAAAAUUCAACCAGCGUAAAUGAAUAACCCAAAUAAAUGGCGUAAUGGGCAACCCUCGCAACUUGAAAAAAUUCUAAAUAAAUUGGUGCGAUGUAUGAAAGUGAGUAUCUAUGUAUUGGUGAAAAAAGAGUCUUCACAGAGUUGGAAAAAAUCACGUAUCAAGGUUGUGAUGAGCUUGAAACAAUAAAUUAUCUAUACUACCAAUGUAUGAGUUCGGAGAUUAACUUGAAAUAAUUACCACAAAAAUCACGCGUGUUUGACUAAAGAAAAUAAAAAUAUUAUUUGAAACAAGACGUCGUGUCCACAUAGUGAUAGGCAGAUUUGAAAGCAAUAUAUAUGUUUUAUUUCCGGUGGUAAAAACUAGAUUAGAUGAACCUUUCUCACCAUGAUCGUCCUCGAGUAUUUUUAUGCGAAACUUAAUCAGUCCUCAAAUUAUUGUUGAACUCUAGUUGCUCACAUAUUGAGUCCGUUUGAUCCAGGUUGAUUGAAAACACUUACGGGUGAUUUUUUUUUUUCUAGUGGAUUCAAAAUCCUCGUAAAGAAACAAUAGUUGAAAUUCAAGCAAAUCUGUUAUUACUGACCACAAAUUACACGUGUUGAGCCAUGGACCUUCUGAGUACAGUUUAUCUAUAUCUAGAAAGGUAGUAAUAGUUGUAUUCACAAUAUCAAUUGUAAGAGUGAAGAAGAAAUAUUGCUGAAAAAUUGUCAAUCUUUGUGCAGGCAGAUUGUACAGUAAGUCUGUUCAGCUUUAUCGAUAUUUAAUUUGAAGGUUUGUUAAAAAAAAAUAAUAGUACUGAGAUGGGAUAUGUACCGUGCGGUGGGAAUGAAAAAAAAAUUGUACAAAAUGCUACAUACAUAAUUACGUAAAAAAUGAAUUAAUAAAAAAAUAUUAUUAUCGAUUAAUUAGCAGCAUCUAAGAAGAAACUCAUGAGAAAAUUGUUGAAUAUCACUUAUCAUAUACCUGAAGAAUAACGGGGGUUUCUUGUUGAAACGAUAUAUAUAAUCUAUGUAUUGUUCCAUCGUUAUCUGUAAUUUAUCGAACAUCCCCGGCCAUCUUCAUGAAGUUUUACACUUUCAAAAUUCGUCCUACAACUAUGAUCAAAGUUCAACUGGCUAGCAAAAACCAAGUUUUGACAUUGGAGGUAGAAUGUUUUUAUCGAAGAAUUGAAGCCACGUUAUUGCUGUUGGUAUUCAACACUUUUUUCCGACGUUCUUAGGGAGAAAAUAGGUGAUACUGUCAUACUGUGUGUGAGUAGGAUACUUGACAAAAACAAAAAUACUAUUUUAAGAAUAAUAUUACAUCUUAUUUUUAUUAUUACUAACAUUAUUAUUAUUAUUAUUAUUAUUAUUAUUAUUAUUAUUAUUAUUAUUAUUAUCACGGUAGACAUUGCUAAAUAUCGCUAUAUCUAUGGAAAAUUGAAGAAAAAGAUGACAGAUAUAUUCAUGUAUAUAUAAAUAUAUAUAUACAUACAUACAUAGAUUAAGAGAAUGAAUAUCUAAAUAAAUCGUACACGAUGAAUACACUUUACACACUAUUCCGGGUCUUGAAUACAAAAAUUUCAUGAUAUAGUCCUCUUGUCUACUCAAAUUCAUGUGUCAAAUAGCCACGUUUCCGUCCUGUUUGAAUUAAGCCGGAAUUAUCUGAUGAUUUUCAUUGACUCGCAGUCAGUCAUGUAUUUCCUAUCAAUAAUGACGAACAAAUAUUUGGUCGAUAUGCAGAGUGUAAUGGAUUCGAAGAGAAAUAAUCCAAGGUGAACGUGAAAGGUGUACACAAUAUCUUAGGUCUAGCAAAUAAAACACUGAAAAUGACAUGCAUGCAUAAUUCUAAGUACAUAGGAUGGAACGGAGUGCACGUUUAUCGCAUAGAUAUUGGUUGGGUUUACGUAGACAAUGAAGAAGUAUAUUCAUGCAAAGCACGUACAUAAAACAAAAUCAAGUGUAUAAAUUCGUUGUUAUCAAUAAAUGAAACAAUUCUCACCUA